GCGGGCUCCCCGCACGACCCCGCCGCCCGGCCUGAGCCCUUCGUGCCCAUCGGCGUCGGGAGCAGCGCGCCCCCGGUGACUUCUGACACCGCGUAACCGCCAUUACCUAGAUCAAGAUGAAUAGCGAUCAAGUUACAUUGGUUGGCCAAGUGUUCGAGUCCUAUGUUUCGGAGUACCAUAAGAACGACAUACUUCUCAUCUUGAAGGAAAGAGACGAAGAUGCUCAUUACCCAGUUGUGGUUAAUGCCAUGACCCUUUUUGAGACCAACAUGGAAAUUGGGGAAUAUUUCAAUGCAUUCCCUAAUGAAGUGCUAACUAUUUUUGAUAAUGCACUGAGAAGAUCAGCCUUGACGAUUCUCCAGUCCCUUUCUCAGCCUGAAGGUCUCUCCAUGAAGCAGAAUCUUCAUGCCAGGAUAUCAGGAUUGCCUGUUUGUCCUGAGCUGGUGAGGGAGCACAUCCCUAAAACCAAGGAUGUGGGACACUUCUUGUCUGUCACUGGGACAGUAAUUCGAACAAGUCUGGUGAAGAUCCUGGAGUUUGAGCGGGAUUACAUGUGUAAUAAGUGCAAGCAUGGAUUUGUGGUCCAGGCUGACUUUGAGCAGUAUUAUACUUUCUUCCGGCCAUCCUCAUGUCCCAGCUUGGAAAACUGUGAUUCUUCAAAAUUCACUUGCCUCUCAGACUUGUCAUCUCCAACUAGGUGUAGAGAUUAUCAGGAAAUCAAAAUUCAGGAACAGGUUCAAAGGCUCUCUGUUGGAAGUAUUCCACGAUCGAUGCAGGUUAUCCUGGAAGAUGAUUUAGUAGACAGUUGCAAAUCUGGUGAUGACAUCACUAUUUAUGGGGUUGUAAUGCAGCGGUGGAAGCCCUUUAAGCAAGAUGUGCGCUGUGAAGUGGAGAUAGUCCUGAGGGCCAAUUAUGUCCAAGUAAAUAACGAACAGUCUGCAGGGGUCAACAUGGAUGAGGAGGUCCGAAAGGAAUUUGAAGACUUUUGGGAACACUAUAAGAGCGAUCCUUUUGCAGGAAGGAAUGAAAUAUUGGCCAGCUUGUGCCCUCAAGUUUUUGGAAUGUACCUAGUAAAGCUUGCUGUGGCCAUGGUGCUGGCUGGUGGGAUUCAAAGAACCGAUGCUACAGGAACACGGGUCAGAGGUGAAUCUCAUCUUUUAUUGGUUGGGGAUCCUGGCACAGGGAAAUCUCAAUUCCUCAAAUAUGCAGCAAAGAUUACACCAAGAUCUGUGCUCACCACAGGAAUUGGAUCUACUAGCGCAGUGUUGUUAGUGCCUCAGGCUGCCUCGGAUGGAGUGCAAAUUGCCGUAAGACACACAGGACACAGAAGAGAACCAUUUGAAGUAGAAAACAAGAUCCUCCUGAGACUUGUAUAUACGCGCUUUCCUCAUUAUUGCAGGCAUUGUGAGGAGGAGACUGAAGUCCAUUUGCUGUAUAAAAAUGACUUGAUAAGCUUGGUAAAAAUCAAGUGCAUUUUCAAUCUGCUCAUGUUCUACGUCCCUUUAGUUAUAUCUGACUCCUUGCGGCCCUAUGGAUUGUACCCUACCAGGCUCCUCUGUCCAUGGCUCAUAGGUCUGACAGUAACUGCUGUGAAAGACUCAGGAGAGUGGAAUUUGGAGGCGGGAGCAUUAGUCCUUGCAGAUGCCGGCCUCUGCUGUAUCGAUGAAUUUAAUAGCCUUAAAGAGCAUGACAGAACUAGUAUCCACGAAGCAAUGGAGCAGCAAACCAUUAGUGUUGCUAAGGCUGGCCUCGUGUGCAAACUGAACACAAGGACCACCGUCCUCGCAGCAACUAACCCCAAAGGCCAGUACGACGCCCAUGAGUCUGUGUCAGUGAACAUCGCCCUUAGCAGCCCGCUCUUAAGUCGCUUCGACCUGAUCCUGGUUCUGCUUGAUACCAAGAAUGAAGACUGGGAUCGUAUCAUUUCCUCUUUUAUCUUAGAAAACAAAGGUUACCCAAACAAAUCAGAGAAGCUCUGGAGCAUGGAAAAGAUGAAAUCCUACUUCUGCCUCAUUAGGAAACUACAGCCCACACUGUCUGAUGAGGGUAAUCAAGUUCUGCUCCGGUACUAUCAGAUGCAAAGGCAGAGUGACUCCCGGAACGCUGCCCGAACCACCAUCCGCCUGCUGGAGAGCUUGAUACGACUAGCAGAAGCUCAUGCUCGCCUGAUGUUCCGUGAUAGAGUGACUCUGGAAGAUGCUGUCACAGUGGUGUCAGUAAUGGAGUCCUCCAUGCAGGGAGGCGCGCUGCUAGGAGGUGUGAACGCGCUCCACACUUCCUUUCCUGAAAACCCUCUGGGGCAGUACCAAAGGCAGUGUGAGCUUAUUCUGGAAAAGCUGGAGCUGCCCGACCUCUUGAGUGAAGAACUGAGAAGACUCGAGAGGUUACAGAAUCGGAGUGUGGAUCAAUCCCAGCCGCAGGCUGUGGAAGCAGAGAUGACUCCAGGGUCCCUGGGAGGUGACACGCAGAAAGAAUCAAACUUCAGAACAUCGACGCAGCAGGAAGUAAACAGUAGCACCCAUCAGUUCUCCGUUGGAGGCAAUCUCGGGGGAAGCCCACUUCUCGGUCCCCCUUCCCAUCUGGGGCCUAAAAGACCAGCAAGUAGGAAGCAUUCAGAGGAGCACAGAAAUAGCCAGGAUGACAGUUUGGAUUGGUUUGACUCUGUGGCAACUCAUCCGAUUGAACCUAAUAGCACUGCUCCGGUGUCUCCUAGUCCCAAAACAAGAAGGGGGUUGAAAAUCUGCAACAGCAGAUCUCAGGGUAAGGAGGAAAGGGAGGCAGGCCAAAGGAGCAAACUGGAGAGUAAACCACCUCCAGCAGCAGGAGAGACAGAAGCUCCAUUGAGGCCAGACAGCCAUGAGGAUGAAAGGGCAAGACAGGCCGCCACGGUUUCUGAAGCGGCCGUAUGUGCUGAUGAACCCGACUUGGUGCUGACUCAUCACGUCCCCAGGAAACUGCACAAGCUGCACAGGGCGAGGGCCCGGGAGUUGUGCAGGAAUCCCGCCAGGCCACCCUCGCAGCCCACAAGCCCUUCUCAUCCUCAGCCCACUCCUAUCCAGAGCCCAGAGAGAGCGCUGGAAACUCCCAAAAGGAAGAGGCAGAAGUCACAUGCUCAGGCGCAAGAGCCCCACCAUGAAAGUGUUGAGAGUCUGGGUGCCCCUGUGGCCAAACUGGCAAAAUUCACUUUCAAACAGAAGUCAAAACUGACCCAUUCCCCUGAGGACCGUGGCCCUUUGUCUCCUGGCACCAGUAAACCAGUAGUUCAGAGUCCUGAAACUCCUCAGUGCAGAGCAAAAGGAGGAGCGGCUCUGCCUGGGAAGGGUCCAGAAAAGCUGGCCUCCCCCUCCAGAAUUAGAAGCUCGGCUCAGCCGCAGGAUGAGACAAGGGGGGUGUCACAGCAGCCACCCUACAAAGACAGACCAGGAGAGAAGAGGGAACGCGCCCCUGCAAAGGGAACUGUCCACCCUGAGUUAGAGCUUGGUAACGACACGGGGCAUUUCCGUCUUGCUAGUGAAAGAGUCAGAAAGGAAGAGGUUUCGUGCAGUAAUAAAAGCAGCAAGGUUCAUGCUUGCACGUUAGCCAGAUUGGCAAACUUCUCCUUUACUUCCCCCUCUGAAUCCAAAUCAGAAUCCCCUCCUCCUCCUGAAAGUAAGAACCCGGGUGAGGGCGGCCCCAGCUGUGGGGCCACAGCCACAGCGCUUGGCAGGAAGAGGAAAACUUUUCAGCUGGACACAUCCACCGGGAAACUAAGUCUUUCCAAAACAUCUCUCUUCACUUUACCAGAACUAGAUGAUGAACCACUGGAUUUUGAUUGGGAUGAGGAAAUGAGAAAAAAGCCGUAAUCGUGAAAAGGUUUCUGGUCAAGUUUCACCCUCCCCAACCAAAGCCAGCUCCUCCAGGAUGGCAGUGUGGCAUUUAUAGAUGUGGACACUAUUCUGAAUGCCACCUCCCGCCCCCACCAUCAGGUUUUGUAAAUUCAGGUUUAUCCUCAUGAUGUGAAAAGCUGUACAGUUAUUGUAGGUCACAGUGAUACCAGCACAUGAAUUGUAUUAAUUAGCAACUGUGCCUUUAUUUUGCAAACAUUGUACUUGUAUUCCUAAAAUGUUUGUUUGUUUUGUUUGGGUUUGAUAUUUUUUUUAAGGGGGUGGGUUGUCCUGAGACCCCUUCUUUCAUUCCCUCAUGCCACGAAGGUAACACUCAUAAAGCUAACAAGUCCAAUGGGCUCUUUUUCUAUUGUUUUUUUUGUUUUUCACCCAAGAUGUGCUGAGUAUGGUAAGUAUUUAUUAUGAUUUGUCAGAAUCAUGUGAUUUUUCUGAAUUUUUUUGAUGUUUAUUCUCAUGUGUCAUAUUAAAUAUUAUUAAAGCUCUUGUUUCUCCAAGAGGCCUUCUCAUAAUUCCAUGGUAGACUUUAAAGAUCUGGCAGCUGGUCAAAGAGAUACUUUCUUGGGAUAUUGACCUGAGUUUUCCUUUCUUUCUUGAGCCAACAAUUUAUGCUUCAGAUUCUUUUUUAUGUCUUGGGGACUUACCUUCAACACAAUUAAAAUCCUGCGGUUGGAAGAAGAGGCUGUAUGGUAAUCUCAGUCAUACAUCAUGGCACCCAUCCAAGUGGUUAAUAUGGAAGCGUGAUUCCUACUAAGUUAUGAUUCAUUUGUCUUUAAACCCAAGCAAUGACUGUUUGGUAGGAGCAGACAACUCAAGCUUUGUCUUUCUUAAAUGCUUUUAGAAUAACUUCUUCCUUUAGAUUCUAGCAAGGAUUCCAUAAUUACAAGCUUUCUGUCCUUGAGUUUGAAUUUUGAAAAUGAUAAUAGAUUCCUUCAUUGUCUGAGGGACUUUCAGCAUGAGGAAUACUGAAAGCUAUAUGUACUUAGUUUAAUGGUCAUUUCAUUGAAUUCAUACAGAAAAAAAUUUAAGAAUCUCAAUUUUUCUUGAGCAUUUAAAUAUUAAUUCCAAAAUGGACUAAUUAAGUUUUCUGAAAGACUUUAAAUAAUGACUACAAAUUUAGUAUGGGUUAGUCUUUGAGAUCACCAGACAACUUAAGCAGCUGAUAAAAGACAUACCUAAGCAGUGAUUACAAAAGUUGUUAUUGCACAUUCACUUAAACCUGUCCUAAAACAUCAAGACUAUGGUUUAGGUAAUUUCUUAUUUCUGUACUUUUACUGACUUCCUAGUGUAGUAUGAUUAUUAAUGUGAUAUCUUCCUCAUCUCUCGGUAUUAGUACUUUUGUGGGCUUUAGCAUUCUUACUAGAACUAAAGGAAAAGGAAAGGAUCUGGGUUGUUAAGCGGUUAAUUCUUAGCAGGACAUGGUCUGAUUGUGAAAACAGGGCAAUUCAAAUCUGAGCCAUAAUGAUGAGCUGACUUGUUUUUUUCUUGGUAAACUUUUAAGUCCCUUUCUUAUAAAUUUUUGUCUUUGAAACUUGGUAUCUCUUGCAGUACUGAUAUAUUAAGCUAGACAUGACUGAUAGUGCCUAACCUAUUGAUCUGCCAUUAGGGUGUUUUGAUCUGUUCUGUUUUUGUCGUUUAAGGUGGUUGCAUCCUAGAGCUUUCAUUUCUGUCUUGAUUCUAGAGGACUUAGUUUCAUGUAGUUAACUUGUCUCUUCAGGACACAGUCAUUCUUGUUUUAAAAUGCAGUGUUGAAUUGUCUGUCUUCCUUAGUUACUGUAUAUGACCAUCUAUGCCAUCUUCUGCCUGAUUAUUAUCUGUCCUUACCAUAUAUCUUCUUAUUUGUGAUAACAAAUCCAACCUAGUUCUUUUUAGUACCUUCUUCUGCUGGGAACAUUUGGUCAAGUUACAAGUUCCAUUGUUUAUUCUUCAGUGCUUAUGCAGAAAGUAGUAACUAUAUAUGUAAAUAUUACAAACAGGCAUUAUUAUUAGAAAAAAUAAACUACUCAAUAUGAAUGCUCCCCUACUUAUUAAAAAGUCAGCUUCUGUCACAGCUGACUUUUGUGUCAUGACCUUCACAACGUGGUCAAUGGGACUUCCCUGUAUGUUGACCCCGAGGUCCUUUUAGGACUCUGACUUUCCUAAAAGCAUCUAUGCUAUUUGAAAAGAACAGCAUGUUCCAGACCCACGUUAGUUCUUUUCCUACCUCAGCUCAUGGAAUCCGCUGCCCCAAGGCACUAUUCCUUAGAGACCAGGGAUAUUAAAUGCCGAACCCAGGGCUUCAGGGAUGCAUGGGGGAGUCAGUACUACCACUGCUCUGGGGUCCUUUAGUUUCAGAGCUGAAAAUGUUUAGUGUCCUGAGGCCAUGUUUUAUGCUGCUGUGUCCCACUUCUUUUAUACUGUGUGAUUUCACUACAACUAUGGUAUUUUUUCUUAUAUGGUAUUUAACGUGUGUACCAAGGAAAAACAUAGGUGUCUCCGGGGAAAUAUGUACAGUCUCAAAAAUCAUAUUUGUAGUCAAUAAAGGAAAUGAAGGAAAGUGUAAAAA